CAGCGGGGGAUCAGGGAUCUCCCCCCAGUCUCCGGCGAGCGAGCGCGCGCGGCUCACGUCCACAGGGCCCGGCAGCAGUAGGCCCCGCCCCGCCCGGAAUCCACAGGCAGCCGCGCGGCGUAGGUGGAGCCAGGAUCACCAGCCCAGCGCCCGCGGAUAAAAGCGCCAGCGCGGCAUUGAGGCGGAAGAGGCAGAAGCAGAGCCGCGAUGGCGGCGGCGGCGGCCGUGGCGACCGUGUCCUCCCCAUCCCCCGCCUCCAGGCGGCUGCUCCCCUCCUCCUCCUCCGCGGUCCCGUCCCUCCUCCGGCUCCCGCGGCCGGGCAGGCGGCUCCGGCGCGCGUUGCGGGUCGUCUCGGCGGGGGGCGAGGCGGACGUGCUGCCGGGGCCGGGGGGCGAGGCGGAGGCAGCGGUGCCGGGGAGGCUCGAGGAGCCGCGGGACGAGCCGCUGGGGGGGAGCCAGCUCGACAUCGGCGGGCUCGCCUUCCAGGGCGACGUGGGCGGGGGCUUCGCUGGCGGCGGGGGCGGGGCCGGCUCCGGGGCCUCCGGCGGCGGGGGAGGCAACAAGACGCUGGACCGCGGGAUCAACACGGCCAUCGUGCUCGGGGCCAGCACCUUCGCGCUCACCAAGCUCCUCACCGUCGACCAGGACUACUGGCAUGGGUGGACGAUCUUUGAGAUCCUCCGGUACAUGCCCGAGCACAACUGGUCGGCAUACGAGGAGGCUCUCAAGGCCAACCCGGUUCUGGCCAAGAUGAUGAUCAGUGGCGUAGUCUACUCCCUCGGUGAUUGGAUAGCACAGUGCUACGAAGGCAAGCCGAUCUUUGAUUUCGACCGUGCUCGGAUGUUCCGAUCUGGGCUUGUUGGGUUCACUCUUCAUGGCUCACUUUCUCAUUACUAUUACCAUAUCUGUGAGGCACUGUUCCCAUUCAAGGAUUGGUGGGUUGUCCCUGCAAAGGUUGCAUUCGAUCAGACAAUCUGGUCUGCAAUUUGGAACAGCAUCUACUUUGUGGUCUUGGGUUUUCUUCGGUUGGAAUCACCUACCACUAUCUAUAAAGAGCUCAAGUCCACAUUCUGGCCCAUGCUUACGGCUGGGUGGAAGUUGUGGCCUUUUGCGCACUUGAUCACAUAUGGUGUGAUUCCUGUUGAGCAAAGGCUUUUAUGGGUCGACUGUGUGGAGCUAGUCUGGGUCACGAUACUGUCAACUUACUCAAAUGAGAAGUCGGAGGCAAGGAAUUCUGAUGGUCCGUCCACACAAGAUGCUUCAAAGGACAACUCUAGAUAGCAACUAGAGACACCAUGGAAGCAGCUUCCCGUUACAUCGUUUCAGGGUUGAUGUAAAUUGUACAAGUUUUGCUGCAGCAGCUCUGCAGGUGUAACCAUUUUCGUUCUUUUAUGGAUAUACAUGAAACACAAAUUGUGCAGCAUCUGCCAAUUGUCAUAGACAAUUAGAAAGAAAUUAGCUUGCUCCAGAACUGCCAAUGAAAUCGAGUUGGACAGAAAUGCAGUAAUCAUGGACUCGUGGUCCUGGAAAUUUUGCCGGUAAUCAUGGACUUGUGGUCCUGGAAAUUUUGCCGGUUGCAUGCCCGGACUCUUAUGCUGGACUGCUAGUUAUCAGUGUACGCACGAGAUGCUGAACUGGUUUCUGAAAGACCAACUUGUUAAGACUUAAAGCGGCGGUUGCCACGUUGGCCAUAUGGGUUUUCUACCAAGGAAGCAAGACGAGCAUUGAGGGUGGACAACUGGGGAGGUACCAUGCUUGUUUGCUUUCACUUGAACCAAGUUUUCCUUAAUGGAAAAACAAAGCGAUUCUGUACAACUGAACAAUCAGAAAAAUAGAAAGGAAAAGAAAGAAAGAAACUCUAGUGCAUGCAA